AGACGUUGUUUGUUUUUAUUUUUCACACAUAUUUUCUGUUUUGUUUUGAUAUCUUUCGGUUUUUGUUUUUGUUAUCUUUCGGUUUUUGUUUUUGUUUUCAUUAAUUUUCGAGCUGACUACUGAAUUUCUUACGAAAAUAAAAGAAAAUUUGUUUAAAGACGUGAGUGUGAACUAGUGAGUGAGUGAGUGGCGGCAGUGAGUUAAUAGAGUACAAAUCAACAAACAUAAGUGUUUAGAUACGACGACGACAGCCGCUAAACACAACAAAGGAAUCAAACUAAAAGACUGACAAGUAAAGUGAGUGAAUGAGUGAGUUACUGAAUGAAUGAAUGAAUGAAUCAUGUUGCAGACUGAAAUGUUAAAUUUAAUAUAAAAAAGCGCACAGACAUUCACGGAGCUAAAACAAAUAACAACAAAAAAUUAUCCUUAAUAAAAGCAAACAAAAAAAUAAUAAUUAACAAAGUGCUGUUUCGUUUAAAGAAAAUGUAUAAAAUAUUUAACAUUCCUUUUGUAAAUGUGUAAUUAAAAAGCAAGAAAAAUACCCAAAAAUAUAUACAAAAAUUCAGAUAUUUAUUAAAAAUAGAAAUAAAGAAAUGGCCGAAUCUAAAUAUAUUCCAAUACCCACCACUGAGUCUCUCAACACCUACAAUAAUAGUAGUUCAGCUAAAGGUGACAGUGAUGGUGACACUGAUGUCAUAACCCUAAAUAUUUUAACCAUGUACAACAAUGACAGCAACUCCACGUCUGUGCCCCAACCGCGCUCAACAACAACAGCAACAACGACCACACCUAUAUCAAACACCAAAAGAUUAUUUUCUAGAAAACCAAAAAAUCUACAUUUAAAAAUUUCCUCGCCUUCGAUGGAAACGGAUAAUGACAGUUUGUCAAGUGAUACAUUUAAAACUGCUAGAACAACAAAUAAUUCUACCUCCUCAACGACACCGUCAACAUCGACGACAACAACAACAACCACCACCACAACCAAUUCAAUAUUUCCCCACGAACAACAUAGAACGAGUAAAAAGUUGAAUAUUGGUUUUGAAAAUAUACGCUAUACAGCGCGUAUGGGAUUUUUUCGAAGAGACACCAAAAAUAUACUCAAAGGUUUAACGGGUCAAUUCAAAGCUGGCGAAUUAAGCGCCAUUGUGGGACCAUCGGGUGCGGGGAAAAGUACUUGCCUUAAUAUACUCUCAGGAUAUACAGCCUUCGGUUAUAGCGGUGAUGUAACGGUCAAUGAUUAUGUGCGAGAUAUUAAAGCUUUCAAGCCCAAUGUGGCAUUUAUAACACAGGAUACUAGUUUGCAUCCGUAUUUGACGGUCAAGGAGGCUAUGCAUUUUUCGGCCAAUUUGAAAAUCGGUACGCAUAUGAGUAAAUGUGCCAAGAGAGAAAGGGUUAAAAAGAUUUUAGAAGCUAUUGGAAUGUAUGAGAAUCGUCAUACCAGAACAUCCCAGUUAUCGGGAGGUCAACUGAAGAGAUUAUCCAUUGCUUUAGAAUUAGUAAACAAUCCACCUGUCUUAAUUUUGGAUGAACCAACGAGUGGCCUGGACAGUUCCACCUCCAAUCAAUUAAUAUCAUUACUUAAAAAACUGGCCUUAGAGGGACGCACCGUCAUCUGUACCAUCCACCAGCCGAGUGCUUUAACAUUCGAAAUGUUUGAUCAUUUGUAUGCAAUAGCAGCAGGCAGCUGUAUAUAUUCAGGAGGCACUCAAAAUCUGGUGCCAUUUUUAGCAGAUGUGGGUCUGCAAUGUCCAGAGUCAUAUAAUCCAGCUGAUUAUUUAAUGGAAAUAGCCACCGAUGACUAUGGACCGCAAAAUGAGAAACUAAUAGCAAAAAUAGAAAAUGGCCGCAAUAACAGCUAUAGACAAACAAAGUCGGCCAGAAAAAAACAAUUGGAAGCCAUGCAAAAAGUUGACAAAAUGAUGGCAGCUGGUCUUAUGACCCCUGUAAUGGCUCCCAUAUUUACACCUGCCAUCAAUAGCAACCAGUCUAGUCCGACUGCAAAUGGUCAUUGUCCCACCACCAUGUACUCAAAUCACUCCAAUCAUCAUACCAAACCUUUAACACCCAUCAAAGAAAUGUCCUCACGCAUCGGCAAUAGUAAAGGCAUUUUAAAUGAAUCCAACGAUAAUAGCACUGAUGGCGAUAAUGGCUGCUGUCAACAGUUGGAUGCGCCGAAACUAUGUAAAAGUGAAAAUAUUUAUGCCACACCAUUCUAUCGCCAACUGGGCAUUUUGCUGCUGAGAACAUUUUUAAUAUUGUGGCGCGAUAAGUCUCUGACAACGAUACGUUUUAUCAUUCACUUAAUAACGGCUUUACUGAUCGGUUGUCUAUAUUAUGGAAUUGGCAAUCAGGCGGAGAAUGCUUUAAAUAAUUUUCGUUAUUGUUUUUAUUCGAUUAUGUUUAUAAUGUAUUCGGCGUUUUCAUCGAUUUUAGUGAAAUUUCCCCUAGAAUUUCCAAUUGUCUCACGAGAACAUUUCAAUCGUUGGUAUUCGCUACGAGCCUAUUAUGUGGCCAUAACAUUGGCCGACAUACCCAUACAAUUUGUAUGCACCACCGUCUAUAUAGUCAUUACCUAUAUACUAACCGAUCAGCCGAGAGAUGUAUUUCGUGUGGUAUUAUUUUGUGUGAUAAUAUUUUUAACCGCCCUAGUGGGACAAAGUAUAGGUUUGGCGGUGGGAGCUUCACUAAAUAUAAAGCUGGCUGCCAUACUGGGACCCUUUUUCAUCUGUCCCUUUUUGGCAUUUUCCGGUUUCUUUCUGCAAGAAAAACAUACACCAGAACCAUUGCAGUGGAUAUUCAAAACAUCUUUUCUAAAAUACAGUUUAGAUGCCUCGGUUUUGUCUAUAUUCGGCUUUGAUCGCGAGCGUCUAGAGUGCAAUGCCAUGUAUUGUCAUUAUUCGAGACCGAAAGUAUUUCUUAAGGAUGUCGACAUGUUAAAUGCUAGUUAUGAAACGGCCAUUAUAUUUUUAGUUUGUUUAUUUUUAGCUUUACGUAUUGUAUCGUUUUAUAUCAUGUCCUUUAGAUUGAGAUUAUUUAGAUAGGAAAGAGAGUGAGUGAGAGAGAGAGAGCUAGUGGAAUUACUAAAGCAAUUAUGAGAAUUAUAUAUUUUUUUUUAGUUAAAAACCCAAAAAAAAUGUUUGCAAUACAAUAGAAAAUUAAACAAAUUAAGCGAAUAUUAAUUUAAACAAAUAACAGAAAUAAAUAAACUUGGUUUAAAGCAAGGUUACGUUAACUAAUCCGUAACUGGUUAACUUAAACGUGCAAAAUUAAAAGUCAGGGCCCCAAUAAUUUAUUAAAUUUGUAUGAAAAGACCUUUCAAGCUUAAGUUUAGUUUAAUCGUUGUAUUAAAAGAAGUGAAAGUAUUCCUAAAAUGAUAACAAUUAAUAUUUAUUUCAUUUUCUAAAUAACUGUAAAUUUGCUAAAUUUAAAAUAGACUCAAAAUUUAAUAAAAAAUCGGUUGUGCAAUCACAAAUAUAUAAGAAUUCUAGGUAUAUUUCAAGGUAGAAUUUAAAUUAAUUCAACUUAUAAUUACAUAUCUGACAGUUCAACCCAAAAACAGCAAUAUUUCAGCAUUUAGUGUUUAUUUAAAGUACUAAAUUCCCUUCAGUAUGUCAAAUUUAAUAUCAAAUCGAAAAUUCGGCUUCCCAGCAGUAAAGUUUCCUAAAUUUGACAUUCAAAACAUUUAUAAAUGCUGAAAGCAAACUGAAAACUAACAUUUAGGACAAGUCUAUUAGGUUGAGCAGUAGUAGUAAUUACUACAAUAAUUUAUUAUAUUUAAAUAAGACUAACAUUAAAAACCUUAGGAAAUUUUAACACAAUUUUCAAUAUCAUUGCAAUAUUUUUCUAUCAAUCUUAAAUUCAUUUAAUCGCUAUUUCUUUUAAUUCAUAUAUAAAUUUCUAUUAACGUUUUUUGUAAACAUUCCAAGAAAUAAAAAAACUAUACUUUCAAUAGUUCAUUUAUUUCUUACUGUGUAUAUUUUUAGUAAUUGUGCCAAAGUGUUUUUUAUUUUAUUUUUAUUAUUUUUCAUAUUUCUAUUUUGUAAUAUAGUUUUGUGCUGUUGUAAAAAAAGGGAGUUUUAUAUAAAUAAUUUAAGUUAUUUUUUUAUAUAUGUGAGAAUUUUUGUAAUAAUUAGUGUAAAUCAUAAAAAAAAACAACUAUAAAGAGAGUGAUAAAAUAAUUGUACUAAUUUGUUAAGCAUAAUUAUACGAUUUUUUUGCAAAUAAAGUAUUAAAUUUUAAA